CUUUACCCAUUCCUGCUGGUCCGGGACAGAGUGUUUCCGUGGACUUCAUGGAUACCCUCGUGACCAGCAAGAGCGGCAAGAGGCAUAUCUUUGUCAUAGUUGAUAGGUUCACUAAAUAUGCUAGACUAAUCGCCAUGCCAGAGACUGCCAGGACUGAGCACGUCAUCAAGUUAUUCAUGGAUAACUGGGUGCGUGACGUUGGUCUGCCAAAGACGAUUGUUAGUGAUAGAGAUGUCCGGUUCACCAACGAGAUGUGGAAAAAGGCCGCUGAACAGAUGGGCAGCCAGCUCCAAAUGACUUCUGGGAAUCAUCCCGAAGACAAUGGGCAGGCUGAACAGAUGAACCGUGUGGUGCAGCAUCUGCGGAGGCACUAUAUCAAGCCCAUCCAGGAUGACUGGGAUGAGACAUUACCUGUCAUCGCCAGUCUGUACAAUAAUGCUGUACAUAGCACCACCGGUGUCAGUCCUAAUCAGCUGCAUUUGGGGUGGAAGCCUAGAUCUGCUUUAUACUUCGUCCUACCUGAAAAUCGAACUGCUGCAACCCCUGGAACCAUUGAAUCUGGUGUCCAGUAUGAGAAGCUGUUGCAGCAGACUGUCGAACACAUCAAGAAAUCUCAAGAAGCAAUGAUUGCUUCUGGGAACAAGCAUCGCCGAGAGUCCACAUUUCAGGUAGGGGAACGUGUCUGGGUCAAGGCUAUUGAGUUGGGACAGGAAUUCGGCAUCUCUAAAAAACUAAUGCCUCAGUAUUUCGGUCCCUGGGAAGUCUUAGACAUUGUGGGUAGUGAUUUGGAUGGUCCCUCGUACGUGAUUCGAAUCCCUGGUCACCUACGCACCUACCCUGUGUUUCACGCCUCAAAGCUUGCACCUUUCGCUGAGACUGAACAAUUCCCAUCAAGGAGAUCUAUGCUGCCCCCAACCAUGGAUGGUCACGUGGAUGUCGACGAUAUUCUGGAACACAGAGACAUGCCUGUUCCCAAGCCAGCUGGCCAAGGAAGACCGCCUAAACCUGUGAGGGAGCACAUGGUACGGUUCAGGCAUCACACGGAUCCAAAGGAAGACCGAUGGUUCACAAGAGAGGAACUAGUCAAGACAGCUCCUCAGAUCGUGGCAGAUACCACUGCUGCUGCUGCCACUGGCGCUACUGCUAUCACUGUUGUUGCUGCUGAUGCGACUGUUGCUCCUGCUGCUGCCGUUCCUGCUACUGCUAUUACUGCUGCUGCUGCUGCUGUCAUGCCACUGCUGCUGUCAUCACUGCUGGCAAUACUGGUGGUGGCGGUGAUGGUGGUGAUGAUGAUAAGGAAUGUGAAGAAAAGAGGAGGACAGCGAGGAGGAGGAGGAGAAAGUGGAGGAGUCACCCUUGUCCGCGCCCUUGAGGAUCUUCUCCUUGAUCGGUACCGAGAUAAACAUGCUGCGCUCAAGGCUAGGCUGAAGCUUGAGGCCCUCAAGGGCCAAACAUGGAGGUCAUCCAUGCAAGCUUUGGAACAACACUUAACUGGUCUGUUCACCACUCCGGAUCUGGGAAUGACUGACGUAUCUUGUAUGGAUGUAGUCAUGGGAGUGGCCCCUAAAGAAUACCUCUCCCUGCUAGCACUCAAGGACCAUGCUACCUGGCGAGAGCUCAUGAAGGACCUAGUCGACCUAGAGGCCAAGGACCUCGCCAGGCGCAAGAAGGCGCCCGCUGCAGGUGGGAAACCACAACGCAAGCGGUUUGGAAGCAGCAACCAGCUUGCACUGCAUGAUCAUCGGGAGGCUGACGAUCAGUCCUAUGCGGAUGAUCUGUCUCUAGAUGACGAUCUAGAGCCGGACUCCGAUACGGGUUGUUCCACUUCAGCCAUUGAGUGUGACAGAAAUGAUGAUGAGAAGCUUAAUGCAUUCAGAAAGACUGCUUCAAAUAAGGGGCCUAACCAUGGUUCAGGAUUGCUAUCGUCUUCAGGGAAACAGGCAAGCGGCGUAGAGGAGUCAUCAGCACUCUCUACAGCAAGGGAAGCUGGGCAGUCAGUUGCAGGCCCUUCCGAGGAGCCUGGAUCUGAUCAGCAGCGUGCUCUUGAAGCCCAAACUAAUGCUGACUCCAAGGCUGAUAUAGUCCAAGUUCUAUACACUGAGCCUUGGGAGGAUUCUAAAGAGGUCGACCUCCACGMCCACAUGGAGCAUUGGCUGCAGCUCAAGCAGCAACGCCGUGUUCAAGGGAGCGUGGAGCUGACUUUCUUUAAACUACUCAUUAACCGCUGAUACAUCCGUGUGCUGAUUGACAGUGGUUCGACCACAUAUUUCUUCUCUCCGAACGGGAUUCGUAAGGCGGGCCUGGGUAUGAAGCAAGUGGAACUGCAGAACCCUUGUCGGACUCAGGUGGGCAACCAAGAGGUUGUCACUUCCACUCAUGCUGUCAAAGGUGUGCGCAUCACCUUUGACAAAGAUCGCACUGUCACACAUGAGCUGAAUUUCUAUGUCUUGGACAAGUGUCCUUUCGACGCGGUCAUUGGCUUGGGCUGGCUAAAGGCUCAUUGACUAAGGACCACGUGGGCGCACAACCAGUUCGUGGUACUUGACGCCAAGGGGAACGAGCGUACUGUCUUGUUAGAUGAGACGCGCGAGUCCCCUGUGACUCUUCUCAGUGCUAACAAAUUCUGCAGGUCAGU